CUUGGGAUAUUUUAAAACUAAAAUAAACAUAAUAUUGAUAAUCUAGGAAAGUUAAAUAUGUAAUAUUUAUUAAACAUGUAAUCAUAUGGGUGAAACUUUAAACGAACGAAUAGAUAAUUUACGUAAACGAAGUAGAUUUUUAUUAGCAGAAGUAGAUAAGAAUUCUAAGAAAGUUAAAAACGAAAUUAAAAAAUUAUAUUCCCAAAAUUUGAAAUGUAGAGAAGAUUGUAAAAAUCAUGUUGGCAAAAUAAAUUCAUCAAACAUAUGUUACAAAAAAAAUAAUAAAUCCUGGAAAUUAAGAAAUGAUUCUAGUGGAGUGAGUGGAGCUUUGCAUUUAGAUUAUUUCUGUAAUACCUCUAAUCAAACGCUUACAUCAAUGCCCAACACAACGAAUGCUUCAACAACAAAGAAAACAUUAAUAUCUUCAAAAAAUCAUCCUAACAAUCAACACUGUUUGGACAUUCGCAGGAAACCAGUAAAAGGAUGUUAUUGCUCUGAAUUAAAAAAAAUACAACAAAAAUCAACAAAAACACAAAGUAAAUCAUGUUCUUCUAGAAAAUGCAAAAGUCAUAUUCUUCCUGCUAUAGUAAUAGAAGACAAUUAUGACAAGUCAACUAUAUCUACACCCAUUAGUUGUGAAACAUUGAGAAGAGUUCAAAAGAUAGAUUAUGCACCCAAAUCUCAAUUUUUACGUAAUGUCAGAAGCAAAAUUUCUCUGCUGCAAUCAGCAGCAGGUGAUUGUCCACAAAUCUGUUCUAGAUCACAAUGUUACCAUGAACUUAUGACCAAAAAAGAUACAUACAUUCCAGACACUUAUAAAUGCAUAGAUCAAUUGAAAACAGAUAAAAUUACUCAUGAUUUAACAAGAUCAAAAAUCAAUGAAAAAUAUUCAAGUUCUGAAAAAAGUGAUAAAGGAAUUCAAGUAUCUUUAAAAAAAAAAUCAAAAUCUCUUUCUUCAACCUCUAUACCUUGUGUACCUAGUAUAUGUAAUAUAAAAAAAACAGAAGAUAAAAUAUGUCAAUGUCAGAAAGAAAAUUCAAAAGAUUCCAAAAAUGAUUUAGAAAAGAAGGAUAAUGCUGAUUCAGAAAAAUGUGAAAAAAAAUUUUUAAAAAAAUCAUUAGAUGAAAUUGAACAGAAACAUCUUUCUGAUAAAGAAAUGAGAGAUUUAAGUAAAUUUCGUGAAAAAAAUUACUUUGACACGCACGGAUCUAGUGAUAUUUUAGUAUCAUCUAAAUCUUCUGGUUCCUUGGAACAAUAUUUCUUAAAUGACAGAUUAUUUCCUGAACGAUCAAGAAACAUUCAUAAGAAAGAUUUGGUUGUAACAAUGCCACCUUGCGUUACUACGCAACUAAAACGAAUACAUUAUUUCCCUAGAUAUAUCGUUCAUCAAGAAAAAAAUAAUUUUAAUACAAUUGGCAAAAAGAAACGUUGUCAAACUUGCCCUUUGACUGGCCAUGCCAUAGAUCUUGGUAUUACAAAAAUGAAAGUACCUUUGAAUAGUUUAGCCCUUAAAUAUCAAAAACGAUUAUCUUAAUAAAAAAAAAUUACUUUUUUAUUGCAAUAAAUAACACUAGAAAGGAAUAAAGUAAAUGAAAAUCCUAAUAAUUUAAUUAUAUCUUUUUUUUUUAACAUCAACACAGAAUUCUAGAAAAUCCAUUCCAUUUACUUUAUUCCAAAUUUUUAAUUUUGUAUAUAUUUUUGAAUAAUAUAAAUUAUAAUAAUUAAAUCAACCUCACAUAUUUUUACUCAAAACACAGCAUGCUGUGAUUGAGAUUAAUAAUCACAUUUAUAAUAACACUCAUAAUCAUUGAGAUUAUUAAUGUCUUGUAAAAUGUAUUUUACAGUUAAGUUUCAUAUAAAACUCUCGAUACGUGAUAUGAUAUUUAAUAACAUGAUUUAAACAAAUAUUUGAGAUUGUUAUAUGCUUUUUACUUUCAUAAAAAAAAAAAUAAAUAGUGAUAUAUGGUAUGGUAUAUUUCAUGGUGUGCGUUAUCUUAUAUACAUGAGUAGAAAUCAUCAUUUUUUUUGUUGGAUCUGAUGAUUCCCGCAAUCUAAUAAGUCAAUAAUCUAUAAUGAAUUCAAAUCGAAUGAAAAUUUCUUUUAAAUAAAAGAUAUGAAAUUGUGAUGCAAU